AUGUCAAAACCCUCCCAACAAUUGUCCGGCAAGGGCUUGAACGACUUGAACGACGGUAGAAACGCUACCCAAGAUGAGAGGACCAAGUCAUGGGUUGUAGGAGGCAAGUACCGUGAGGAAACAGAGAAGCUGGCCACACACACCUCUGGUCGGGGAGAGGCUGAAGAAGUCGACUUUGACUUCCCGCCGACUGCCAUUGAGCCCCGGCAUAUGGAGAAGACCAACGAGGAUGUGCUCGAGUUGACCUUCCUCGAGGGUGACCCUGAGAACCCAUUCAACUGGCCUCUGGCCAAGAAGGCGUUCAUCUCGGUCCUUCUCUGUAUGAUGACGCUGUUUGUUGGUCUCGCUACAACGGCCUACAGUUCCGGUAUCGACAGCAUGACAGCGGAGUUCGGCGUGUCGAACACAAUGGGCCAGCUGGGUUUGUUCUUCUUCAACUUUGUCUGUGCUCUGGCUCCGCUCUUCCUCGCUCCGUUCUGUGAGUUGGUUGGACGACGAGUCAUCUAUGUUGGCGCCUUCAUCCUGUUCUCUAUCAUGUUCGUUGGUCUCGCCCUAGGCAAGAAUAUCGGGACAAUCCUCGUCUGCCGCGCCCUUCUCGGUCUCUUUGGUUCCGUCGGUACUAUCCUCGUCGGCGGCACCUUCAGCGACAUGUACACGCCCGACACGCGUGCCGUCCCCAUGGCGUCCUUCACCUACGUCGCCAUCCUCGGCACCGUCGGCGCCCCGAUCUACGCCGGCUUCAUCGACCAAGCCAUCGGCUGGCGCUGGAUCGAAGGAAUCCAGGGUCUAGCCAACAUCCCACUCAUCCUCUGCGUCGCCCUCUUCCUCCAAGAAACCCGCGGCGGCGCAAUCAUGCAAAAACGCGCAAAGCUCCUCCGCGACCAAACCUCCGACGCGCGCUACAAGAGCAAAUCCGAACUCGAAGCCCCAACCCUCAAACACGCUCUCCACAACUCCUCCAUCAAAGCAGUGCACAUGCUCGCCACCGAGCCGGCCGUCUUCGCCUUCGGCCUCUGGAUCGGCUUCGCCUGGUUCGUGACCUUCCUCUUCCUCUCCGUCAUCCCCAUCACCUUUUCCGAAAAGCGUGGCUGGGGCGAAGGCGUCGCAGGCCUGCCCUACAUCUCCCUCUGCAUCGGCACAACAAUCGGCUUCGCAACAAACUUCAUCCAAAUCCGCAAAUACAAGGCCUUGUCCGCAGCGCAACAGGGCCGCCCCGUCGCCCCCGAGUCCCGCCUCUACGGCGCAAUGUUCGGCGCUGUCUGGCUCCCCGUCGGCCUGUUCAUCUACUCCUUCACGCAGUACGGCUACCUGCACUGGUCCGGUCCCGCGAUUGCACUAGCCCCGAUCGCCAUCGGCAUCUUCUACAUCUUCGAGUCGACAUACUCCUUUACAUCCGACUGCUAUGGCGACAGCUCCUCGUCUGCGAUUGCGGGCCAGGGAUUGAUGCGAAACACGCUGGGCGCUGUCUCGCCGCUCUUUGCGUCGCAGUUCUUCCAUAACGUGGGCAGUCAGUAUGCCGGGUUGAUUUUGGCGAUUGCGGCGACGGUCCUCGCUAUGAUUCCGUUUGCUUUCGUUAAGUGGGGCCCGAAGAUUCGCGCGAGGUCGAAGCUUGCUGAGAAUUUGGGGGAUGAGAAGGAGGUAUUGUAA